GCGCCUGCGCGGUGGGAAGGCUUCCUUCCCGGGUUCUGCUCGCGCGGGCUGGGCCCGGCGGAGUUCGCCCCCGGGGAGAUUCUGGGGCUCCAGGGCGGGGCGGGACACCUCCCUGCACACCCGAUGCCCGGUGCACGGAGCUCGGCUGGUGGAGCCGCCACGCUGGAGUUGGAGCUGGAGUUCGGUGGGGCCGGAGGGCAGCGGCUCCUCCAAGCCGGCCCGGGCGCAGAGAAUGAGUCGGAAGCUGUGGCCUCUGUGCGGAGUAGCCGUGCCCAGAGCGUGCUGCGCUGGUUCACCACCGUGGUGCUGUGUGCCGCCUUCCUGGGGCUGGGAUUGAGUGUUGCUAUCCUGGGACCCACCUUUCCAGACUUGGCAAGGAACGUGAACAGAAACAUCAGCAGCCUGUCUCUGAUCUUUGUGGGCCGGGCCUCGGGUUAUUUAUGUGGCUCUAUGAUUGGAGGAGUCCUUUUUGGCUGUAUAAACCAUUUUUUACUUUUGGGAAUGUCCCUUUCUGCUACCACAGUUGGUCUUUAUCUCAUGCCAUUCUGCAAGACAGCGGCCUUACUGAUCGUCAUGAUGUCUGUCUUCGGGGUCUCAAUGGGCAUUCUGGAUACAGGUGGGAACGUCCUCAUCUUGGACCUUUGGGGGGACAAAGGAGCCCCACAUAUGCAGGCCUUGCACUUCAGUUUUGCCUUGGGUGCCUUUCUGGCUCCCCUGCUGGCUAAAUUGGCCUGGGGUAGCACAGCAUCUGCUCAGAACCACACCGAGUCUGACUUUGACCCUCUAAUGCUGAACCGAUCCUCCGAAGGCUCCACAGACUCUGUGUUCGCGGUACCUGAUGACAUGAAUCUGCUGUGGGCAUACGCUUCCAUCGGAACCUAUGUUCUAGUAGUUUCUGUCUUCCUGUUCGGUCUGUUUUGUAAGAAACACUCAAAGCAGAAAAAAUCCACAGUGUCUGCCCAGGGAACUCGAAGAGCUAAAUACCACAGGGCCCUGCUAUGCCUCCUCUUUCUCUUCUUCUUCUUCUACGUGGGAGCUGAGGUGACCUAUGGCUCUUACGUAUUCUCCUUCGCCACCACCCAUGUUGGCAUGGAAGAGAGCAAGGCAGCUGGCUUGAACUCCAUCUUCUGGGGGACCUUCGCAGCCUGCAGGGGCCUGGCCAUCUUCUUUGCGACAUGCUUACAGCCUGGGACCAUGAUUGUGGUGAGCAACAUCGGCAGCCUGGCCUCAUCUUUCUUUCUGGUGCUUUUUGACAAGAGCCCUCUUUGCCUCUGGAUCGCGACUUCUGUGUAUGGAGCCUCGAUGGCAGCCACGUUCCCCAGCGGCAUCUCCUGGAUUGAGCAGUACACCACCUUAACUGGGAAAUCCGCAUCCUUCUUUGUCAUUGGUGCUGCCCUGGGAGAAAUGGCGGUUCCUGCAGUGAUCGGAAUUCUUCAGGGACACUACCCAGACCUGCCAGUAGUUCUGUACACGGGUCUGGGCUCGGCCCUAUUCACGGCUGUUUUAUUUCCUGUGAUGUAUAAAUUGGCCACCGUACCCCUGGAACGCCAGCGCAAAGGAAGAAGGAAGAGCGAGGACCAGAAGGCUUUGCUCUCCAGCUCCGAGCUACAUGACUGUGAGGAAGAAAUCGAGGAGGAGGAGGAUGCAGAAAAGUGGAACGAAAUGGAUUUUGAAGUGGUUGAGAUGAAUGAUCCGGUACAGGGGCCCGUAAGGGGGACGUCUGGGGAUGUGAUGGGGCCCACAGCUGAGGACUCCGAUCAGUUCCUUCCAGAUGCACUGAGUUUUGAGCCCCUUUCAGCCAGCAGCAGCAAUUCUCUUGCGAAUCAUUAGGACAAAAGGGAAUAACCCUCCGGCGGCUCUGGCAGACUCUCAGGGUGUGCUUUGGCACUUGAAAUUUGUGUCUGUUUACAGGGAGCGUUGAAAUUGUUUGGAGAGUUCGGAAUUCUCAGUCUUGUGUAAACUACCGUUCGUUCUUGCGCACUAGGACUCUCGUGAGGAGACUGCCUUGUGGUCUCCAGCUUACAGAAGGCGUUUA